AUGAGCGAGGUGGGUGAUGACGGCGGAGCAGACAGGGCCGAGACCUACAGCGACAAGGACACUGACCAAAGGAGCUCCCCGGACAUGAACAAAGCCAAAAGCUGCUUCACCCCCGAGAGCCCCGAGAUCGUUUCCGUGGAUGAAGUUGGCUACGCCGUGCAGAAAAAUGGUGGGAGCGCCGAGAGCCGCCCAGAGAGCCCCAAGUACCACCCGGAGCAGAACCACCUCCUCAUAGAGGGUCCAUCGGGGACAGUCUCCUUGCCCUUCAGCUUGAAAGCCAACAGGCCUCCUCUGGAGGUGCUGAAGAAGAUCUUUCCAACGCAAAAGCCAGCGGUGCUGGAGCUGAUCCUCAAGGGCUGUGGUGGUGACCUGGUGAGCGCCGUCGAGGUGCUGCUCUCCAGCCGCUCCUCGGGAGCCAGCGGGGACAGAGGCGCCGCGGAGCCCGACGGCCUCGUGUUGCCGUCCAACGGGCACCUCUUCGAGCACACGCUGAGCUCCUACCCCAUCUCCUCCUCCAAGUGGUCCGUGGGCUCGGCCUUCCGUGUGCCCGACACGCUGCGCUUCUCGGCCGACUCGAGCAACGUGGUGCCCAACCCGCUGGCCGUGCCCUUGCAGCACCCGUUCCCGCAGCCGCCGCGCUACCCGCUCAUGCUGAGGAACACGCUGGCCAGGAACCAGUCCAGCCCCUUCCUGCCCAACGACGUGACCCUGUGGAACACCAUGACGCUGCAGCAGCAGUACCAGCUGCGCUCCCAGUACGUCAGCCCCUUCUCCAGCAACUCCACCGGCGUCUUCCGCAGCUCGCCGGUCCUCCCGUCACGCUCCACGGAGGACCCCAGGAUCUCCAUCCCUGAUGACGGAUGCCCCAUCGUGGCCAAGCAGCCCAUUUACACGGAGGAUGAGUACGAUGAAAGGUCCGACUCCUCCGACUCCAGAAUACUCAACACAUCCUCCUAG